AUGGAUGCUGCGAUGGAUUUUAGGUCUCACUAUGGUAAAGACAGGUUCAAUCGAAAGAAGGUUGUUUCAGCUGCUGGAGGAGAGGCCUUUGCGCUAGCAUGGACAUGCGAGUGGGAGAGGGGAAAACCACAUAACAAAGUUGCCUCUGUUCGCGUAACUGGAAAAAAGCGUAAGGAGAACAAAAAUAAGAGUAAUGGACACAUCAGAAAGACCCGAAAUAUCUUGGAAACAAAUGCCAAGUGA